AAUGCUUAGGAACCUGACUUUCAAGGGCACAAAACGGAGUACAGGGCUUUCCACAAGGCUGACAGUAGCCAAAGCCAGCCGUAUCCCUCACUCGUUCACGCGUCAUGCUAGUUCAGAGUCGGAACCUCCGAAACCCACCUCUGGUCCUCCUUCACGAGCAUCACUCUGGGUUCUUGCAGCCGCUACCGUCGUCCUCAUAGCAGAUGGCUAUAUAUGGUCUCAAAAUGGGUUCAAGUCAUCCUUGACAUCGGGAUGGACGAAUAGUUCAAACCACGAUCGCUACGCCUCCCCGUCCGAAGUCCAACAGGCCAUUGCAAAACUACGCACCCUCUUACCUGGCGAAGACGCUGUGGCGACCGAUCCCGACGAACUUCAAAGUUAUGGCUCGUCGGAGAACUCGUAUCAUCCUACAUCACCGCAUGCGGUCGUUGUGAGACCGAAGAGUACGGAGGACGUGGUCAAGAUUGUGAACGUGGCCAGGGAGUACAGGGUACCGAUCACGGCGUAUAGUGGGGCGACGAGUUUGGAAGGUCAUUUUGCAGGGUAUGAGAGCAGGAGUAUAUGUAUAGAUUUGUCAGGGAUGGACAAAUUAUUGAAGAUCAAUGAGGGCGAUGGGGACCUUGUUUGUCAGUCUGGAGCACGGUGGGAAGAUAUCAACCAGACGUUGAAGGACAAGGGUAUCCCCCUUUUCUUUCCGCUUGACCCAGGUCCAGGAGCUACAAUCGGCGGUAUGGUCGGUACAGGCUGCUCAGGAACGAACGCCGUGCGGUACGGCACUGCUCGCAGCGAAUGGUUCUUGAACUUAACCGUGGUCCUCCCGAACGGAAAGGUGAUCAAGACAAAACGACGUGCGCGAAAAUCGGCUACUGGCUUUGAUACCACGAAACUCUUCAUCGGUGCGGAAGGGACGCUGGGUAUCGUCACCGAAGCCACGCUUCGACUUGCACCAUUGGUCCCAUAUCAGGUCGCGAUGGCGCAGUUUCCUGACGUGCAGCAUGCUGUGAGUGCGGUUCAAGAGAUAUUGGGAAGUUCGUACGGGAGUUCUAUACAAUGUGUCGAGCUUUUAGACGAUAACAUGAUGCGCACGCUAAACUCUGGCGGUCUAAUUUCCCGUCCCCUCGGCGUAAACGACACCCUCUUCUUCAAAAUCCAAGGCAACCCGAAAUCCAUAUCGCAUGCCGCGGACGAAGUCCGUUCCAUCUCUUCUAAACACGGGAGCAAACAUUUCGAGUUUGCGAAGAGCGACGAGGAGGCGGCGGAGCUUUGGCAGAAUAGGAAGUAUGCGCUAAUGUCGACGUUGGCGAGCGCGCCGGGGAGUAAGUGUUGGACUACGGAUGUUUGUGUACCGGUUUCGAGACUUCCGGAGUUGGUAUAUGAGACAAAGAAGGACAUGGCGCAGGAGGGGAUCAAGUCGACGAUUGUAGGGCAUGUCGGAGAUGGCAACUUCCACGCACUAAUGCUGUUCAAAGACGAUAAAGAGCUUGAGAAGGUCAGCGCGGCCGUUCACAGACUCGCACAUCGGGCUAUUGCGUUGGACGGGACGUGUACGGGCGAACACGGCGUUGGCGUAGGCAAGAAAGAGUACCUCACCGAGGAGUUGGGUGAGAAUACGGUGGAGCUGAUGAGGACGGUGAAAGCGGCUAUUGAUCCAUUGGGGAUUAUGAACCCGGGAAAGUUGUACCCAGAUGUGGAGGCGAAGAAACACUAAGAGCCAGCAUGUUGGUGAUUUCUUUGUUGGUCGUCCUGCAUAUAUUUUGUGGAUGGGUGUCCUCUUUUACUUUCUUUCCGCCGCAGUCACGGAGGGGUCAUGGACUCGUAAUCGUCGCUCUGUUACAGGGAUGGUCUGGAGACACUGGCUCGACAUUGGCUGUGAUGGAAAUUUCGGCAUGUUCUGUGUACUUCUUGCUUUUGGUAUUGUCAAGUAAUGUCUUGUUUGUCUGCCAUUGUAACUUGUAAGUUUACCAAGUGGGCACACGGACUUUGUCAUCAACCUCGGUGAGGGUUCCGUGGGAGACCACCAUCGCCGAUGCGGGCCUCCGUGCAGACAUUCUUAUAAAUACCUCACUCCGCUCUCCUAAUAGAAAGAU